AUGCCCACCAACGCUGCUAGCAAGUCAAAAGGCAAAGCAACCACCCGGCGCCGCUCCUCUGACACCAGCCAAGGCGCCUCGCCCGCCCCCAAGCGGGCCCGUACGGCAAAUUGGAACAAAGACUUGGGCACAGAUGGGAACUCUGCCGAGUACCAUCUGGUGCAGUGGCUCAUCAUGCGCAGUGGUACUUCGAUGAGAAGCAAUUAUGAGCGCUUGAAGACAGCGCCCAAAGGCGGCAAAGGGGGUCGCAUCAACCUUCACAAGGGUGCGAUUAAGUACCUUGCGGAGAAGGGCUGCUCCAGCCAGCGGAAACAUGAGACUGUCAAGCCGAAGAUCGCCUCGUUGAAAGCGAGUUACAUCGACGCCUUGCAGUUCAAGAACAGCACUGGGGCUGGACGGCUUGAUGGGGAGGAGCGGGACAGCGGCAUCCUCAAGAAGUGCCAGUACUUCAACGACCUAAACGAAGUGCUAUUCCACCAAGCGGCUUCCAUGCCGAGUAACGGCGCUGAUACCAUCAGCAUGGGCGAUGCGGACACUUCUUCUGUCCAGCUGUCACGCCUGGGGAGUAUUUGGAAGUUUGACAGGCAGGGCAAGUGCCGACAAACUCCCUGA